UGACAGUUUUGACUUAGUUAAAGUUGACAAUUUGUUAAUAAUCGCUUGUUGUGUGUGUGGGUGGUGUUGUUUUUCGCAUUUUCUAAUAAUCCAAUCCUGUGCAAAUUCGGAAUAAUGUCUAACAAAAGAAACAAGGAGGAAAUGAAUCAGGACAGUGAAAGUGAGGAGGAGCAGGACUCCGCCAGUGAGAACUCCGAUGUGGAUUCUGACGGCAACUUUAUAGGUGACAAGGAACUGCAAGCAGACUUUGAGGGCCGCAACCCUGAGGACUGUGACUUCCACGGCAUCAAGCAGCUGCUCCGACAACUGUUCCUCAAGUCUGAUGUUGAUUUAGGGGGCCUCGCACAGAUUAUUAUCUCACAAAACUACGUAGGCAGCGUAGUGAAACAGUGUCUGGACGAACCCGAGGAGGAUGAUGAUGAGGAUGAUGGCAGUGAUGGAGUCUUUGGAAUUACUACAGUCGUUAACAUUACCAAAAAGAAAAAUGAACCCAGCAUACAACAGAUAAGAACUCUCCUGACCACCCUAGCAGAUGACAAUGCGGAUGACAGAACUAAAGCCCUCGUAAAAAAGAUCCUGGCAGACGACUCACAGCAUGUUGGCCUUGUUAUAAAUGAAAGAAUCCUGAACAUUCCGGCUCAGAUUAGCGUCCCGCUAUUCGCUUCGCUUCAGACGGAGCUCGAGAAAGCCGUCAAGAAAAACAUGCCGUACACAUUCCAGUAUCUAGUGUGGAUCUGCAAGACUUACAAUACAGGAGAUGACUCUUCAGAGGUAUUAUUCGCGAACCAAGAAGAGAAGCCGAUCGCGGACGAAGCCUUAGCCAGUUUUGAUGUGAACGUGACGGAGCAAGCGGACUUAUCUCAGUGGGACUACGAGGGAGGUGCGCUGACGCCGUAUCGGAAGGUUCUGAUUUUCGACGGCCACAAAUUCAACAACCUCGUAAGGCUGAUCAAGGAAGAAGUGGAGAGCGUCUAAACUUGUCCCUAUAUUGACAUGCACUCAUAUGCCAUGAUUAUUAUUAUAAUACGCCCUGUAUUUAUAUUUUAUUACUGCUAAGUCAUAAGUUUAUUAAAUUUGCUAAGCUUUAAAA